CUUGCGUACACAAGCGCACUUCCCCAGUACAACCUGGCAGCACGCGGGCGACCCGGAAGGUUUUCCUGCCACACUCCAGACCCGUGGUGAGGGGAGUCAAUGGCGGAGGGAGCGGUGGAGGCUCCAGCCGAGAGUGGUGGUGACGGGGACUCAGGAGUGAGCGCGUCGGAACGGGGAGUAGCGCCCAUUAAGCCUCAAUACCUCACCACCAAGGAAGGCUUCCACAGGUUCCUGGAAGCCAAAGGGCAGGAGAAGCUCCCCCAGGAAUCUAAGUCAGGAAACCCUGGUGGCAGUGAUGUGUCUGAGCCUGAGGCCAAGAGGAUCCGAUUGGAGAAUGGGCAGACAGAGGAGGCAGCAGAGCCUGGGGAACAGCGCCAGGCACAGAAGAGGGCACGGGGCCAGAACAAGGUCCGGCCCCACAUGAAGCCCACACACUAUGACAAGAACCGGCUGUGCCCUUCCCUAGUCCAGGAGUCACCUGGCCAGUGUUUCUUUGGGGACCGCUGCCGCUUCCUGCAUGAUGUGGGCCGCUAUCUGGAGAGCAAGCCGCCCGACCUAGGCCCCCACUGUGUGCUGUUUGAGACCUUUGGCAGGUGCCCCUAUGGGGUGACCUGCCGCUUUGCUGGCGCCCACUUGGGGCCCGAGGGUCAGAACCUGGUGCGUGAGGAGCUGCUGGCUUAUGGGGCCCACCCACCGCCCCUGCGCAAUGGCCUGGACAAGGCCCUGCAGCAACAGCUGCGCAAGCGCCAGGUCCGCUUUGAACGCGCUGAACAGGCCCUGCAAGGGCUCAGCCAGGGCCCUGCGCCAGCUGCAGCUGUUGCCAAGCUCACAACCCCUGAGGGUGACCCGGGGCAGAACCACUGUGCCACCCAGCAGGACCCCAUGGGGCUGGGGGCCAGCACUCCUCCUGGCAGCCCUGUGCAGACCUGCGGGCCCUUGACAGACGAGGACACCGUCAGGCUGCGGCCCUGUGAGAAGAAGCGGACACCGGGGCUUCAUGAGCAGCGCCCUCGCAUUGCUCCAGCUGGAACAUCUCUCUUCUCUCUGGGCUCAGCCCGCAUCAGGUUCCGGUCUGGAGAGCUGGACAUCGGUGGCAAACUGUACCUGGCCCCGCUCACGACGUGCGGGAAUCUACCCUUCCGGCGGAUCUGUAAGCGCUUCGGGGCGGACGUGACAUGCGGCGAGAUGGCCAUGUGCACCAACCUGCUGCAGGGCCAAAUGUCGGAGUGGGCCCUGCUCAAACGCCACCCAUGCGAGGACAUCUUCGGGGUCCAGCUGGCAGGCGCCUUCCCAGACACCAUGACCAAGUGCGCGGAGCUGCUGAGCCGUACUGUCGAGGUGGACUUCGUGGACAUUAAUGUCGGCUGCCCUAUCGACCUUGUGUACAAGAAGGGUGGGGGCUGCGCCCUCAUGAACCGCCCUGCCAAGUUCCAGCAGAUCGUUCGCGGCAUGAGUCAGGUGCUGGACAUGCCACUGACUGUGAAGAUCCGCACAGGCGUCCAGGAGCGCGUGAACUUGGCACACCGCCUGCUGCCCGAGCUGCGGGACUGGGGCGCUGCCCUCGUAACGCUCCACGGCCGCUCCCGGGAGCAGCGCUACACGAAGCUGGCCGACUGGCAGUACAUUCAGCAGUGCGUGGAGGUGGCCAGCCCCAUGCCGCUCUUCGGGAAUGGGGACAUCUUAUCCUAUGAGGAUGCCAACCGUGCCAAGCAGACUGGAGUCGCCGGGAUCAUGAUUGCCCGGGGUGCCCUGCUGAAGCCCUGGCUGUUCACGGAGAUCAAGGAGCAGAGGCACUGGGACAUCUCAUCCUCCGAGCGCCUGGACAUCCUGCGGGACUUCACGCACUAUGGCCUGGAGCACUGGGGCUCUGAUACGCAGGGCGUGGAGAAGACAAGGCGCUUCCUGCUGGAGUGGCUGUCCUUCCUGUGCAGGUAUGUGCCUGUGGGUCUGCUGGAGCUACUCCCGCAGCACAUUAAUGAGCGGCCGCCCUACUACCUGGGCCGCGACUACCUGGAGACCCUCAUGGCCAGCCAGCAGGCAGCUGACUGGAUCCGCAUCAGUGAGAUGCUGCUGGGCCCCGUGCCGCCCAACUUCGCCUUCCUGCCCAAGCACAAGGCCAAUGCCUACAAGUAGCUGCCAUCCUGGACCGGGGCUGGUUUGGACAACAAAUUGGUUUUUUGGGGGGGUGGUCUUUGGAGGCAGGGUCUCACUAUGAACCCAGGCUGGCCUCGAACUCAAGGCGAUCUUCCUGCCUCAACUUCCUCAAUGCUGGCAUCACAGCCAUGUGCCACCACACCUGGCUUAAUAAAUUGUAUUCUUUUAAAAUCC